AUGAAUUCAAAAUUAUAUUCGUUCGUGACAAGUCGUGGUGUGUGUAACGUCGAUCUAGUAAGUACUGGGCCAAUAAUAGAUUUCCUCCGACUACCGGCUUGGUAUACCAUUAAGCUACACAAUCUAAAUGAUAAAAGAAUAUUGCUGAAAUAUUUUUGCCAUUUAGACUUGGAGAUCCGCCUUGGCUCUUUUCGCCCGAUCAGUUUGAGCAAUUACAUGAAAUUUCCCAGGUGGGCCCUCGAUGCACCUCUCCUUUAUCUUUGGGUCAUGUUACCCUUCAACCGGCUGUUUUUAGCUGUGGAGGUGAAUUUAAAAGUUCCCAAGGGUAUGAAGCUUGCAAGUGAAAAGAUGUUAGUGAAGGUUGGGGAGAUGUACACCGACUUUUCGCUUCAUCAUCGAGACGCUAUGGCUAAGGUUACUUUGAUGGAAAAUAAGAAAGCUAUUGUCUAA